AAAAGACAGCGGGAGAGUGACAUUCACAACCUCUACAUUCUUUUUUUUUUUUUUUGCAUUCUGAUCCGAUCGAACCACAACCAACCAGUCUCAGCACUGUUUCGCCAUGACCGUGCCCAAGAGGCCAAGCCUGACCUUGCAGCGGUCCAUUAUUCCCGUCCACUAUAACCUCAAGAUUGUGCCCUGUCCAGUCAACUUUUCAUUCCUCGGCGAAUGCUCCAUCGAGUUAUGUAUCGCUGAACCAACGUUCAGCAUCACUCUGAAUGCAAAGGAACUCAACAUUCAGACUGCGACCGCAAGGGAUCACCUUCUGAAUGGAUAUAGUGUCACGGCAACGAGUGUCAGCUAUAAUGUCGAAGAAGAGACCAUUGCCCUGGAGUUCCCCCAAGUCUUACAUGUUGGUUCUUCCUGGAUUCUGGACGUUACGUACAUCGGCCUCGUUAAUGACAAGCUCAAUGGCUUUUACCGCUCUGUCUACACCGAUGCCGAUAACAAUGUGCACCAAUUGACUACAACUCAGUUCCAAUCAACUCAUGCACGAAGAGCAUUUCCUUGUUGGGACGAGCCCGCCAUCAAAGCAACGUUCUCUUUAACGCUUCAGGCCCCUCAAGGAAUGACAUGUCUAUCCAACAUGAGCGUUCGGUCGAGGACACUUCUUGAGAACGGUAUGCAGGAAGUCUCGUUCCUGAAGACACCCAUCAUGUCCACCUAUCUGCUAGCUUGGGUGAUUGGUGAUUUCGACUAUAUCGAAGCAUAUACCUCUGGAGAGUUCAAUGGGGAGAGGAUUCGAUGCCGUGUUUACGCUCCUGUGGGCCUAGCUGACCAAGGACAUUACUCUCUGGAUUUGGCCGUUAAGUCGGUCGAAUACUUUUCACGUUUGUUCAAUAUACCUUAUCCACUGCCCAAGCUGGACUUGGUGGCAGUACCCGAUUUUGCGCCCGGUGCUAUGGAGAACUGGGGCUUGAUCACUUUUCGAACGUACGCACUCCUGAUGGAUGAAUAUGGGCCUCAGGACAGAAAGCACGAAAUCGCUGCUACUGUCAUCCACGAAAUCGCACAUCAGUGGUUAGGAAACUUGGUAACGAUGGAAUGGUGGUCCGACCUGUGGCUAUUUGAGGGCAUCGCGACACAUUUGGCCUAUAUUGUUGUAGAUGAGCUAUUUCCGCGCUGGGAUAUUUGGUCCGAGUUCGUCAAACGAAUUCAGGAGGUGCUAAAGCAUGACUCACUUCGCACGUCCCAUCCCGUCGAGGUCGGUGUCGCUAACCCAACUGAGAUCACGCAGAUCUUUGACGAGGUCAGUUACAUGAAAGGUGCGUCCGUCUUGCGGAUGCUUAAUGCCUGGCUGGGACAAGAUCAGAUGCUGCUUGGACUUCGAAAGUUUAUCCACAAGUACAUGUGGAGCAAUGCCAAUACCGAAGAUUUGUGGGUCACCCUGGCAGAAGAAUGCCAAGUUGACGUCCCUGGAUUCAUGAGCAGGUGGACAAGGCAGACAGGGUAUCCUGUGCUAUCGAUCACGGAGCUAGAUGAUUCAAGCAUAUUGGUACGACAAAACAUCUUUCUAUCUACAGGAGAUGUGCGUGAGGAGGAGGAUACCCUACUCUGGCCCGUUCCUUUGGGAUUAGCGACGGCAUCCGACCCAACCCCUCGUAACAUCAUGAUGGAUACGAAAGAAAUGGUUCUAAAGGUGGACACAACACGGUGGUACAAAUUCAAUAUGGGUCAAACUGGAUUCUACCGAGUAUCCUAUCCAUCAAAAACCCUGGAUCUACUGGGACAGACGUUCGGAACAGGACAAUUGAAUGCAGCAAAUCGAGUAGGCUUGCUGACUGACGUGGCUGCAUUAGUGGCGAGCGGUAUAGCCCCGACAAGCAGCUUCUUAACUCUUCUCAAGUACUUUGAGGACGAGCAGGACUACAUGGUAUGGGCUGAGGUGUCAUUAAGAUUGCACGAAUUGUUGGCCGUCUGGCUUGAGCAGCCUGAACCCAUUAUGAAUGCCUUGAAAGAAGUACAGAGGCGCCUUUUCACAAAGAUCGUCAAGCGCCUUGGAUGGGAGUUCCCAGAAGGAGAGGAUCCUUCGACUGUCAAUCUUCGUGCUGUCGCUAUUCGAUAUGCCGGAAGAGCAGGAGAUCCAGAAAUUGUGGCAGAAGCAAGAAGACGGUUCAAUGCAUUUAUGAAGGACAGAGACGUAUCAGCGCUGCCCCCAGAUCUGCGAUUCCCCGUUUUCGAAAUUGUGAUCAGGACAACUCAGGGCGUGGAGGAAUAUGAGGAAAUUGUCAACUACUACCGCGAGACCUUUAUCCCAGCAGAAAAGGUCGUAGCGCUCUCUGUUCUUGGAUACAGUAGCUCCCUGGAAUUGGUCCGGAGGACACUGGCGUUUGCGAUGUCACCCGAGGUCCGAACGCAAGACAUCUUGAGCGCAAUUGCAACACUGCGAUCAUCAGUUGUCGGACGAGCAGAGCUGUGGAACUUUAUGCGGCAUCACUGGGACGUACUCUAUGAACGCCAUUGUGCUGAUAUCGGAUUUCUGGAUUACUUCGUGUUACUGAGUAUCGAGUCCUUUUCGACAUUGGAGCGAUAUCAGGAGGUGCAAGCGUUCUUUGCCAACAAAGAUACUAGUGCAUAUGACCGCAUUCUGGCGACUUGUCUGGAGGGUAUUCGCAUGAACAUCCUGUGGCUCGAGCGCGACUGUAAGGAUGUCGAGCAAUGGCUGAGGGUCAAUGGCUAUUUGACGGAGAGCGCCAGCACGGACAGUGGCAAAGGCGCUGAAGGACUGUCAUCGGCUGCUGAUCCGGCUUCGAAAGCAAUAUCUAGCGGCUCUGUCAACGGGGGCCCAAAUCUUGCUGUGAACAUGCAUGGCACAUCAUCAGGGGCAUCGUCUGGAACGUCGACUCCCUCCAACGGCUUACAGUUUUUGCAGGCUGGUAUCUACAGUCAGCACGGCACUAAUGUGAGAUCGCAAGUAUAUUUGGAUGGAAAUGGACAGGCUUCUGAGGAGCAGGCGCGACAGCUACUUCAAUUGCAGCAGGAUCAGCAACGGCACGAGCUGAGGAUGCAGCGUGAGUAUCAGCUACAGCAUCAGCAACAACAGCUACAACUACAAGAUGAGCACGGUCAUAGCCAUGGCCACGGUCAUAGCCUUAAUUUUGACCAUGGUAGUCGACAACAGGACGCGCGCCCUAGGACGCUGGAGCGUGAAAUGGAGCUUCUCAGCAUGAGCGGGGACUACGAGUUCUAAUAAAGCUGGUUUCACGAGUGGGCGAAAAUUCUCCCAUUAGUCGGAAAAUAAGCAUAGUCAAUGGAAAUAGGACCCCGUACCGUAUAUGCGAUUGUGAAUUGUAUUUUUCAUUCACU